AGAGUAGCAGCAGCACCAGGGUAGGAACUGGCUCCAGUCCUUGGACUUGGGACAUCGCUGCAUCUUCCUUUGCGUGCGUGACUCAUUCGCACAUCACUUCUGUGUAUGUCUGGGGUGGGGAGAAAAAUCCCAAACCAGCUGUGUAAAUGAGUAUGGAAGAUUAUGAUUUCCUGUUCAAAAUUGUUUUAAUUGGCAACGCUGGUGUGGGGAAGACGUGUCUAGUCCGACGAUUUACGCAGGGUCUUUUCCCCCCAGGUCAAGGAGCCACAAUUGGAGUUGAUUUUAUGAUUAAGACAGUGGAGAUUAAUGGUGAAAAAGUUAAGCUACAGAUCUGGGACACAGCAGGUCAGGAGAGAUUUCGGUCCAUUACCCAGAGUUAUUACCGAAGCGCCAAUGCCCUGAUCCUCACCUAUGACAUAACCUGUGAGGAAUCCUUCCGUUGCCUUCCAGAGUGGCUUCGGGAGAUUGAACAAUAUGCCAGCAACAAGGUCAUCACCGUGUUAGUGGGCAACAAGAUUGAUCUGGCAGAGAAAAGAGAGGUCUCUCAGCAGAGAGCUGAAGAAUUCUCAGAAGCUCAGGACAUGUAUUAUCUGGAGACUUCAGCCAAGGAAUCUGACAAUGUGGAAAAACUCUUCCUUGACUUAGCCUGUCGACUCAUCAGUGAAGCCAGGCAGAACACACUUGUGAACAAUGUAUCCUCACCCUUACCUGGAGAAGGGAAAAGCAUCAGCUAUUUGACUUGUUGUAAUUUCAACUAAAGGCUGAGGCAAGAAGAAAAAGGAAUCAGCAGCUGCCCUGAUGGGCCACCAAUUGCGAGAGCAAUCUGGCAAUGACUGUGGCUCCUGCUCUCGGACCUUCUGACUCCUGUGGGCUCCUGAGCUUACAAAGCAUGGCAGGUCAAGGGCCUUGUCCACAGGCCAGCAUUAGCAGAACAUAAAAUGGGUUCACCCUUUU